AUGGGGUUGGCCGGAAGAAAGCCGACGGAAGACGAGCAAGUGCGUCAAAUUGCUUCAAUUCACUGUCCAAGAGAUUUGGUCGUUAAUGGAUUUUGCUUUGGAAUAUCCGAAAACAGCUUUCAUCUGAUCUUGAAAGCCAUAAUGCUGAAUCCCCAGAAUCAACUGUUAUGGGAGACAAGGCGUUGGUUGCUUCAAGCAUAUGGGCGUAGUAGGAAGCUGGAAUUGGAAUAUUUUAGGGCCUUGGAUGGUGAGGCUGGUGCUAUUCUAAAAAAAUCGUAUGAAAUAUGGUUCCAUAGAUUUUGGCUUGCUAAGGCAAUUGGGCCUGAAGCUACAAAGCAGGAGUUGGACUCUAUAAAGAAUUUUUUGGUAACCAACCCUGAUGAUUCUCGUUUGUGGUACAUCUUCAUUGAAAUUGUCCAGCAGUUUCGACUUCGCGAUUUGGGUGGCGAAUUUGAAUUUGUAGACAACUUCCUAACUAAUCAUCCGAUGGCUUGUGGUGCAUGGGCUUACAGAAAAUUGCUUGUUCAGAGUCCGUUUGCGAAUAAGCUUGAUGCUCUCAAGUUCACGGAUGGCAUUUUACUUGGUAAUGUGAAUAACCUGGAUGCAUGGACCCACAGAGAUGAUAUUUGUGAUAUGCUUGAUCUUAAUGAAAAGACCAAGGAACUUGAGAACAUGAAGAAUGUUUAUGCUCACAAGGAUUACAGGACGAGUAAAUAUUUUUGGUUCUCCAGACAGUUCAUUGCUGAGUCCUUCCCCGAGGAGCUCAGAACCAAUAUUGCUAAUUUGGAGCUUCAGUUUUCUCAUGAAGUGUUGCUGUUCGACAUCGAAAACUACUACGCCUGGUUCCAUAGGUGA